AUGUACGACCCCCGGAUAACAAAUGGCUUGGAGCUGCUUUUCAGUCAGGCAAGCGAAGGAGGUUUAGAGACAGACUCAUUGCAGCGCAAAGAGACGGUAAGCAACGGCUUCAGCGCUCUCAGCCUUUUGGGCAUUGGUAAUACGUUGACCCCCAGCUUCAUGUCACUGCCUCGUGACAGGCUUGGCGCAAGCAAGUUAUGCAGGGUGUACCUCCAAAACGUGGAUCCAAUAAUCAAAAUCCUUCACCGGCCAAGCCUCAGCAAAUGGAUGCUGGACGGGGCAUCAACGUAUCUGGGCACAUCCGAGGAUAACAACUCGGUGAGAGCGCUGGCGUCUGCUGUUUGUUAUGUUGCAGCCAACACCAUGACAGAAGCACAGUGCCAGGCCACAUUCCAACAAAACAAGUCUAGCAUCACGACUGUGUAUCGCAGAAUGUGCGAAAGCGCCUUUGAGAAGGCCGGCUUGCUAACGACGAGGGAUAUGACCGUCCUUCAAGCCUUCAUUUUGUAUCUUAUUGCUAGACGAUCCGAAGACAAAGACACCGCUGUCUGGGCACUCAUUGCCCUAGCCGUUAGACUCGCGAGAGCCAUGGGGCUGAAUCAAGAAAAUGAACAGGCCUGUGCUCGGGAGUCUUUCUUUCAACAGCAGAUGCGACUGCGGUUGUGGCUCACUGUUUGCCUUGUCGAUCUCCAGACAUCGUUUUCGCAAGCAUCCGAGCCACUUAUCACCCACAGCGGCGCGGCAUGUGCAAUUCCAAAUGUGGCACAUAUCAAUGACUCUGAUUUCGAUAUGGAUACGGAGCACCCAGUCGCUCCACAGGAGCAGCUCAUGGACACAACGUUUGCUCUUGUGACAUAUCACGUACAAGUAGCCGGUCGAGUCCUCAACUUUGGCUCACCCGAGUGCAGCACUGCCGCAGAAAGACAUAAACUGGCUCGAGAAGUCCAACAGCAAGUGUUCACCUUGCUGCACUACUGUGAUCCCGAGUCCUCUCCCUAUGCCUGGUUCACCUGGCAUAGUACACAAUCAAUUGUAUCGGCGAUCCGUCUCUCAGAGCUGCUACCAUUCCGAUGUAGCCAACCAGGCAGCUGUGCCUCAGUGUUUUCACCGCGAGUAGAAGGAGAUACAAUUCUGUUGCGAUUGGCACUGCGAAAUCUCGAAAAAGCACAGCUGCUCUGCACCGAUCCUCGUGGGAGCGGUUUUCGCUGGUAUAUCACCACACCAUACCUCGCACUUUCAACGGCAAUUUCAGAGUGUAGUACCUGCAGUGAUGUGGAAACCGUUCGGCGGGCGUGGCCAGUUAUUGAAGCUUCAUAUAGACAGCACGACGAGUUUCCGAUUUCGCAUGAUUGCCAAUCAGCGCAAGCACACCUGGUGCAAAUGAUGAACGAGACUCGGGAGAAACUGUCGUCAUUACUUCAGGAGAGUGGUACUGGAUUCAAUGUAGGCCAGGCAGUCGAGAUUCCUGCUACUGACUCAUUGGUACCCUUGGUUUCUGCGGGGAACAACCCAAUUGAUCCCCUAUUAAGUGAUCCAAGGUUUGCUUCAUAA